CGCAGCCUCGCUUGUCUGGAACUUCGAACCAUAUAGAAAACGCCAUGGGAACUCUAAGAUUUCCACAGACGGCCGUGCGAACUCAAACUCGCGAGACUACCGCCAACAGCUAUCACGCCCGUGUUAGGGUCGGCCGAUUUGGCACACUUGAUGGCUGGAGCAUCGAGAAAAGAUAUCCUGAGCCUUAUCAUCGGCUUUCUUGUGUUCGCAUUCGGAUAUAGUGAUGUUGCAGCUUCAUAUUUGGCUGAGUUCACCCAGCCUUUUUGUCCGCCUUACCUCGAUUGGGGACAGAUCUCGAGAGCAGCAGCUGUUAUAAGUGAACAAGCUACACAGCUCAAGUUUUUGAAAGGUGCCGAUAAAAGCAUGCGCAUGACUGUCGCAGUGGACAAGCUCUACGAUAUGUGUCUUUGCAAGGACACAACUGCAGUGAAAUCUGUUCUCGCUAUCCCCCAAUUACAGGGGUGUUAG